UGACGUCACAUAUGUAUUCUGUAAGUGUGCAUAAACCUUUACAUGAACCCGAUUUUCACACACAGACAUAGGGACCCGCCAGCUGAACACGCCGAAGUGACAAGGAAAGAGUGCGGUAGUUUUUUGGUGUUCCCAUCCUGGAUAUUACCAUGACUUGAUUGAUGUCGGACACACUACGUGGCCGUUGUCGUAGCUUGAGUACAGGAGUUAAUUUAUUAUAAACCUCCAUGCUCUCUAGAUGUUUACGGCUACAUUAGCGUAUGUUGUGCUGACUUUGAAGGACUGAGGAACUAGUGAAGUACUUAAACACUAAGGUGCUAUAUCCAAGGUUUGAAGAUGUCGUUUGAUGAUGUAUUCAAAGUGUUAGGGGAAUUUGGGACGUAUCAGAAGAGAGUAUAUCUUAUGCAGUGCGUGCCGCAAAUCUUCAGUGCUAUUCAGACAUGUCUGUCCAUCUUCAUUCUAUUCACCCCCGAGCACAGGUGUAGUAUUCCAUUGUAUGAUAAUGACACGUUCCUGGUUCAAAGCAUUCGACACCAGGUCAUGCUCAACUUGUCCAUUCCUUACGAGGAAGAUGUAGACCAAUACGGACGUCCAACCACACAGGUUUCUAGAUGCAACGUCAGAAGAAGCAUCCCAUGGAACAAUGAUACCGACGGAAACUCUUCCUUUGUAACAUACCAGUGCCAUUCAUUUGUAUUUGACACGACAAUAUUUCAAAGUACUUUUACAACCGAGGACAAUCUUGUCUGUCAAAGGAAGAAAUACAUUGUACAUGCCACGAUGUCCUUUAUGGCUGGCUUCACAGUGGGGUCGCUUUUACUUGGAAUAAUGGCGGAUGUGGUUGGACGUAAAAAAGCGAUGAUCCUCAGUAUCGUGUUGUAUAUCAUUCCAAAUAUCAGUGGCAGCUUUGUUACCAGCUUUGAGCAGUUUGUCAUUUGUCGGUUCCUGUCGGGAGUUUCCGUAGGUGGUCUUCUCGGAACUGGCUUCGUUAUGGGACUGGAGUUUGUGGGCCCAAGCAAGAGAAUGUGGGCUGGAAUCGUGAUUGAACUGUUUUGGGCCAGCGGGACCAUGCUGCUAGCCCUACUCGCCUACCUUAUUCGAGAUUGGAAAUAUCUCAAUCUUGUCGUUUCUGUACCUCCAGUUUUGUUUUUAUCAUAUAUAUGGGCAUCACUAAGAAUACCUCCAAAUGAAGUGAGGAUUAUGCCAGAGUCCGUCCGAUGGUUAUUAAUCAAAGGUCGGACAGAUGAGGCGAUGGAGAUAAUUCAGCACGCUGCACGUGUGAACGGGGUACAUGUACCCAGUAACAUAUUACUGAAAGGAAAAGAGGAAGAAAAGAUAGAACCAGAGGAACCGUCGUCGUGUUUUCCAGUUUGCAAACUCUUCUCGACAGCUAAAAUGGCGGGACGGACAUCGAUCAUUUUCCUCAAUUGGGCAGUGUGCAGUUCCGUGUUUUAUGGAUUAAGUAUAAAUGUUGGAAACAUCAGCGGAAACAUAUUCCUCAACUUCUUUCUAAUCAGUGUGGCUGAAUUGUUGGGUUUCCUCAGUCUGCUGUUCGUCCUCAAUAGGUUUGGCAGGCGACCAGUGUAUAUCUUUUCCGUUGUCAGUGCAGGGGUGUUUUGUGUGUGCACAACGUUCCCCGUCAUCUUCGGCUCUCCGGAGAUACAAUGGGUUGCCGUAUUAUUAGCAACAAUUGGCAAAGUCGGUGCUUCGGCAUCGUUUGCCACGGUGCUUUUGUUUUCAGCGGAGUUAUUUCCGACCGUUAUCAGAAACUCCGCUAUGGGAGCUGCCUCUUUCUGUGCAAGAGUUGGCGGGAUGGUAUCGCCGUAUAUUGUAGAUCUCGCUCAAAGUGUCGAUGGAGACUUUGGAAAGGCCCUUCCCAUGAUCAUAUUCGGUCUUUGUGCCAUUUUAUCGGGACUAUUGGCAUAUUAUCUCCCAGAGACACUACACGAAAACCUACCAGAGACAAUAGCCGACUCAAUGAAAAAACCACGAAAGUCAAGACCAGACAUCACAGCUAUAGACGUUAAUACAAACCAACCAUUGAUGAAUGGGUACAAUGCACAAGAAAAUGAAACUACAGCUUAGUAGGUGCAGAUUAAAGUAUCAAUAGAAACACACUAUGAGAGACGAAAGGAAGCAACAACAAGUCAAACAGAAUGGAUAUUUUAAGACAGAUGCAAAAUACUAACCUACGUUUCAUAAUAUCUACGAUGUAUUUUAACAUUCCAAAUGCACAAGCUAGUCAUCAGUAUACAUGCUAUAUUGUGCAUUACACAUGUUAUGCAUAUCAGAGUUAUCUCCCUUCUCUAAAGAAAAAUGAGAACCAAAACAUAUUUCAGUGAUAAAAUGUCUCAAGAUUCAAAUCAAUCAUUACAUUUAAAAUUAACAUAUUGCUAUGAAUUGUUCUAUCGUAGUGUUGGGGACCUUUCAGAUAACUCGCUUAAUAUAGUUUUUGUUAAAGAACAAAUUUGGACAGGAAAAGUCUACGACUAAAAUAUGAAUUGUCCUUACUUCUGAGAUUCAUCAUAAUGACGCUGAUCGCCAUGAAGCGCUAUUUGGCUAUGCAACAAAUUACACAGAAAUGACACACUGCCUUCUGUUUGAGGUUAUCUACCGCCUGCAUCUGAUGCCAAUUUGAAAGACCUCAAAAUACGGAAUUAUUCGAUUCAUAUGCUGCAUCGAAUCCACACCACAAUGCUCUUAUCGUAUAAAACCACGAGGGUUAGGGACAUUCACGUGAAAUUAAUUGGAACAAUAGCUAAGGCACACUGGACCGAAUCAUAUGGCCAAUUUUAAUCUAGGUUAUAAUCUUAGGCCAGGCUCUGCCGAAACAAAAUGCAUCAUUACCCGCCUAUUUCAAGGGCACGAUACGCGUUUCAGAUUAAUGAGGAAUUUGGUUCUGCUUUCUGUCCUAGAAACGCCUGUUUGGAGGAAAUUACAUUAUAUCUUACUCUAUUUUUCAAUCCGAUUUAUUUUCUAUUUCAUUAAAUCGACGUAAAUUUAAUUUCAGAAAAUUUUACCCUGAUUGAUGACUAUGUCGUGUUAUAAGCAAAUACAUCAUCAAGGUCAUUCCGGUGGAAUAAGGUAUGAAUAUUAAAUAUUAUAGAAUGACAGUCCUGCGGAAAUUGACAUCAGCAAUAGCUGAUUAAAUUGUAAUAUUUGCAAAAGAAAACAGCAUGCUUCCUACGUCUUUAAUACUCCAUUAUACAUGUAGUAACUACUGGAUUGUGUUCGAUAAGUACCUUCGCCAAAUUUAUCUCAUAAAACUAGAGAUAAUCAUUUGAAAGCGUAUUAAAAUCAACAUGGAGUGAAAUAUAUGUGCUUUAUAAAAAUGUGAUUAACAUUUUCUCGCAAUGAUUUUCAAUUGGUAAUUAUCGAUGACUGCAUAAAAAGUACGUAAGCGAUCGUUGGUUGGUUCGUCGAUUGAUAAUUAGGUUAUAAAACCCGGUUCUUAAUAUAUACAUAUAUAUAUUUAGUACAGUUAAAUUACGUUCAACAAUACAAAACCAGUAUGGGACACAUUUUUAUAUACGUCAAAAUAAGCAAGCUAAAUCUGGUAUAGAUUUAUCGAUUUCCUAUGCAAUUUGGUUGUGUGUUUUUUGUUUGUUUAAUAUGACAUUUUAUGCACGGUUUGACACAUAUAUCAGAAAAUGCCUUUUCUAUUUUUACACAAAUGACUGUGUUCAUUUAAAUGUUAUGCUCAUCAGUCAACCAUAGUCUUUAUCAUGUUUUGUAUGUUUUGUGAUAGUUUUUCUGAAUAAUGCUCAGGUGUAUGCAAUUAAAAAAAACCUGCACCUGAGUGGUGAAUAUUAAUACAGAUAUGAUUUGAAGUACCUGUAUAUUGUUAAUCUAAUUAACCAUACCAUGUAAGGUAUCUCGUGAAUUAUACUUUAAGAUACAUGUACACAGAUGAUACAAUGUACAACAUUGAAUAUUGCUCACUUCAAUAAUCACACGAGGGCAGAUAUAUUAGUAAAGCCUUUUGGAUACAUUCGUGUAACAUAUUCAUAUAAGUGUCUGAAUACAGUUUGGUAAGAUAAUAUAUGUUAUCGAGUAUCUUUGUAUUGAUCAUUUAGAAUCGUGUAACCAUAUGACGGUACAUUAUUGCUCCCUUUGCAUUGUUCGCUUAGAUCUAUCAAAUAUCAGUGUCUUAGAAUUACUUAUCUGGAUAAAAAAACUCGUUUGACAACAGGUAUCGGAGUGGUGUCUAUUCAGAAACCCAAAUGGUGUUAUAUACUUUUGGUUUAUAUGUGAUGACAGGUGUCUUAGUAAAUUAAGAUAAUGUUUGAUUGGUUUAGCGUACUAUGAUAAGCUAAUGUCAUGUGCACCCAUGUGUGUAACGGUGUGUGUGCAGGAAACGGUAUGUUUGUGUAUUGAAAUAGUUCGGAUGAUACAGAAUUCCGCGUGCUAUCUAGCUGGAAGCAUAAUAAAUAGAGUAUGUCUUGUGCAUGUAAUAAGCUAUAUAUAUUGAAAUUGGUUCAGCACCGAUCCGUCUGCCAAUAUGACCUACUAUAUCACUGAUAUUUCAUAAAGGUUGGUUAGUUUUGAAGGGUUAACCUCUUAUCAACAGCUAAGGUAAGGAAAGGGCCUGCCUCCAUGUGUGUUGUGUAUGCGUGCAUAUGUGUGUGUAUGCUGGAGGCAGGGUAUGUGGGCGCAUUUGCCGCCUUGUGAUAACACUGAUGCCGACUUUAAAGUGCUAUUUCGCUACUACCAUACCAAAGGCACAUAUCACAGAGUUUCACCCAGUCACGUAAUACUGACAACUGGUGAACAAUUUACAUUGCAGCGGUUGUUUAUAUAUUUCAAUAAGCUACUGUAGAUUUCACAUUAAAUAUGUAGUCAACUACUUUUAUCAGUCGACACUUUUGUAUUCUCGAUAAUGUCUUCAUUUAAAAAGACUUUAUAUUUUUUUAUUUCUUCAUGAAAAUAAAAUAAAUGUAUUACACUUCUUGACGAUACAUAUUCCAGUGAUGUAUUUGGUAAAAUGUUUUGCUUAUUGAAUUAUUAAGGCGUUGGAUUGUAUAAGGGAAAAAGACGUAUGUUGUUUGCUUAAACUACAAACAAAUUUAUAAAACAGACUUUUGUCUUUAAGCACUUCGCGAUUAUUAGCAUUAUCGCUAGUGCAGGCAGCCAUUGACACAAUUCGUACUUGUUUAUAUUUGUAUAUUCUCAAUGCUAUAAAGAAUGCAUGUAACUCUACUAUAUGAAGUUUAGUUUGGGCAUCUGUAUUCCAAGUUUAACCGGUUUUUUUUACGGAGAAGGACAACAUACUCUUAUACACAUGUACUAUAUCAUUUGCGUAAAUAGUUUUGUGAAAGCUCAUACCAAGACUACCCAACGCCAUGUUUGUGGCCAUAUACAUCUCUUUAUGUAUGUUUAUUCUUCAAAUAUAUAUCUUUUGCGUGUAUAUUGCGUGACGUCGUAUGAUUCUAAUACACUUUUACCAUUAAAUAUUUUGUUAGGCUGAAAUUGACACAAUUGUAAUAAUAAAUCAAACGUAAACCCUGUCUACACGUGACCUCUGUAUUCGGGUUUAUAAAUACAAAGAAAACGUGACUAGAGGUGAUCAGAUAGCUAAACACAAACUUUCAGCAAAAGUUGAGACGUCCUAUGAUCCUAGUGUUCUUAAAUCCGGGAAACGUUAUUGUCAAGAACCACCAAAAGGGCAGCACUGAAAAAAAUGCAAAUAUGCAGCAUUUACACUCUCAUUGUCCGAGUGGUUUUGUAAACUUGUCAUCUGCAGAUCUUGUGUCAUUUUUUUUCAUGUGUUUGGGUGUGAAAACCAAUGAGUUAUUCCUGAUCUUCUCGUAGCUACAUUGUCGGAUAAACAUGAAUAUUUAUGUGCCGUCAGCGUAACAAUGAUGUAUUAGCUUUCGGUAACAGCAAAUCUUACCAACUAGUUGAACAAAAGCAAGAUAUCAGGACCUACUAUCGACCCCUAACACACACACACACAAAACGCAGGGAUUUUUGUCACAUGGUGUAAGGCACUCUGUCGUUAUCUGUUACUCAGAUAUGUUUAUAGAAAAUUUGUAGCCGUUAAACAAUGGUUAAUGUGAGUGAUCUGUUAGCAUUUCUAUUCUUUACAGCAUUGAGUGUAUGUACUGCACAAUUGUGUGAAUUAAAAAAAAAAGUUGUUUUCUGUUUGUAUUUUGCACAUAUUAAGACAUCACAUUAUAAUUUACCAGCAAUGAAGGAUAUUCCUAUGUUUAUAAAUAUAUAGUACAUGUAAUAUGGUAUUGCAUACACAAAGCAUAACUUUAUUUUACAUCUUUUAUACCAGGUAAACAGUGUACAGUUGAGUUGUAUAUAUGAUACAUGUAAAUGUGAAACAUUUGAUUCUCAAGUCGAACUGUCUUUUUUCUGGAAUUCUCUUGAUUAAUAAAUUCAUCUGAUGUAUUUACGUGUUUGUG